CCCCCACCUUCGUCGCUCUUCGCUCGACCAACCUCUCUCCGGCUGCACCUCCCUCUCCGCCACUCCCUCUCUGACCGCCGCCGCGCAACGCUCUGCGACUCUAAUGUCCCCUCUGCCCGUGCUCGACACCCGGGGACCCAUUCUACCGCACCCCCCUCAUCACUUUAAAAUUCUCCUCAAGACAAAACCCCCCAAAUAGGACUACUUCGGCUUCAACCCCCGCUCCUGGUCCCGGGCGACGCUCAAGUCACCAGCCAUGCUACUACCCUCGUCUCUGCUCCUCCUCCUUGGCCUCCUCACCUGGAGUCCCGGUGCAUCAUGCGCUAAAGUGAUCGUGGUCCCGCCCAUCAUGUUUGAAUCACACCUCUACAUCUUCAAGACUCUGGCCACGGCACUGCGCCAGGAAGGCCACGAGAGCCAUUUUCUAGUUUCAGAAGGUCGAGAGGUGCCCCCCUCUCCUCACUACCAUUUACAGCGCUAUGCAGGGAUCUUUAACAGCAGCACGGCCGACAGUUUCCUCCAAUCCAAAGUCAGCAACAUCUUCUCGGGCCGUCUGACAUUUCUGGAACUGUUUGACAUUCUUGACCACUACUCUCAGAACUGUGACGCUGUUGUUGGCAAUGCUGAGGUUAUGACCCGCCUCAAGGAGGCCAAGUUUGACCUGCUGCUAGUGGACCCUAAUGAGAUGUGUGGUUUUGUGAUAGCUCAUAUCCUGGGGGUGCAGUAUGCUGUGUUCAGUACAGGUCUGUGGUACCCUGCUGAGGUCGGUGCCCCAGCACCACUAUCAUAUGUACCUGAGUUCAACUCACUGCUGACAGACCGCAUGUCUCUGCUCCAGAGGAUCACAAACACCGCCGUUUACCUGGUGCAGCGCUUCGGAGUCCAUUAUAUUGCAUUGCCCAAGUAUGACCGGAUUAUGAAGAAACAUGGGGUGAAGCCUCAGGUAGCCAUGGCUGACUUGGUGCAAGGCAGUCGGCUUUGGAUGCUAUGCACCGACAUGGCUCUGGAGUUCCCCAGGCCCACGCUGCCACACGUGGUGUACAUAGGAGGCAUCCUCACCCAGCCCCCCAACCCACUGCCACAGGAUUUUGACGCAUGGGUCAAUGACACAGUGGAGCAUGGCUUUGUGGUUGUGUCGUUUGGAGCUGGGGUCAAGUACCUAUCCCAUGACAUUGCUCACAAACUGGCAGGGGCCCUCGCCAGGCUGCCCCAGCGCGUCGUCUGGAGAUUCUCUGGCGUUCCACCCAGUAACCUUGGCAACAACACAAAGCUUGUGGACUGGAUGCCUCAGAAUGACUUAUUAGGCCAUGCCAACACAAGGGCAUUCCUGAGCCACGGCGGCCUGAACAGCAUCUACGAGGCCAUGUACCACGGGGUGCCGGUGGUAGGCGUGCCCCUGUUUGGAGACCACUAUGACACCAUGACUCGUGUGGCAGCCAAAGGUAUGGGUAUCAUGCUGCACUGGAAGUACAUGAGCGAGGAAGACCUCUACACAGCCCUGACCAGCGUCAUCAAAGAAACCAGGUACCGCCAGCAAGCGGGUCUUCUCUCCAAGAUUCACAAAGACCAGCCAGGCCACCCUGCGACCAGAGCCGCCUACUGGAUCAGCUACAUCCUCCGUCACGACGGUGCCAGCCAUCUGCGCUCCGCCGUGUACGAGGUGUCCCCCUACCAGUACUUUCUGCUGGAUGUGAUAGUCACUGUAGGAGCUGCCUUGGCCCUGACCGGCUUUGCCCUGCAACAGUUGGUACGGUUGUUCAGAGGCAAGGUCGGGGACCAGGGCAAAAGAGGUGGUAACACCAGGGAGGAUGGUAACAUGGCCAACGGACAUUGCCAUAACGAGAGUGUGGCCAACGGGAAACACAAACGCAAUGGCUCCUUGAAAAACGAGAAGAAGAUUAAUUAAUGUUUUGAAUGGCCAAGAGGGACGAGGAAGAGGUUGCCCCGAGGACUCAGCUCUAGGUUUGGUUUAGUGAUUUUUGUACGAGCUUGAAAAGAAAGCUGUUCUUAGGUCUGCGUCAAGAGGCAACUGCUACUCAGAGCAAGCGAGGGGGUGUUGAAGAAUGCACAAUGCAUUGUGUGGGGACAGAACAAGGCAUUGGGUGCUCAGAAUCUGUGUGUGUCUGUGUGGGUGUGUGUAGGUGUGUUUGUACGUGUGCACUGAGGCGAAUUUAACAAAAAACUCUUUAACAACAGCAGCUAGCGCAACACAAAACCAAAUUGGGAAGUCACUGAGGAUGAAACCCAGGAAAGACCCACUGGAGGACGUGGUUUCUACAUGUGGGUCUUCUCUCCUGCAUGUACUCCGUUGUCUUCUUCCCUGAAAAGGGGCAAUGCUGAGCGCCAACCCCUCAUCCUCGGAACAAAAGCACGAAAAUAUUUAGGAUUUCAUGUUUUUAACAGGAAACUCUGCUUCUAAAGGUGUCUGGUAAACUGUAAAUAGAGGAGAAGUCUAUUUAUUACUGUCAAAAUGCAUUUCAAUGGUUUGAACCUGUCUUAUUUUAGGUUAUUACGUGUAGUAGUGGUGUGAAAGUGUGGUGGCAGGAACUCCCUCUGCUAAGCCAAUAUACACACAACACUGUGUCCUUCCUAUUAGUGAAACAAACGGAAAAAAAGCCGACAGCAGCGGUUAUUGUAAGCAUGCAUCCAUAUGCUCUGUCCGCAGUUGCAACCACCCACAGUAUCCUGGCUGGCAGCCUUCCUUUCAAACCGAUCAGGAUGUUGAACAUGUUUGUCUGCGUCUCCCUUUUCACAUGGUAGUGCCAACCUGCGACUGCACUGCCGGUUUGUUCUGGUCGUGAAUGAAUAACUCCAGUUGUUUUGGCUCAUCAGUGUGAAAAUGGUGAUCAUGUUAUCGUCAAAAUAUAGAAUAUUGAUACCCACUGCGAAUGCUGCGGGUAGUCAGCUGAUCAGGGAUGAGUCAGAGCCUCGUUGAUUUAUGAUUCCUUGCUUUGUCACUUCCAUGCCUUUCUAUUCCGCAGCCCCUCAUCUAGUUAUUGAUUGGUAAGGAUCCAUCACUUGAUUGCCAUUUUUAGCGCUACACUUGACUUUGUGUACAUCAUACCUCUGGGAUUUAUUUGUUGGAUAAUUUUGUUUCAAAUGCUAGUUUUAAAUUACAUUGUACCUCCAGUGCUUCUCUCCUGCAAGUCAAAGUCUGCUAUUAUUUAGCUCCCGAGGUCCAUGCGCAAACUAGGCAGACGUUAUUUGAUUAUAUUAACUUUGAGUAAGAAUGAUUCACCUUCAGUGUGUGGCCUAUUAUAAUGCAACUAUUUGUGUAUGCAGUAUGCUUGAAUACCAAUGUGUGUAUGUGUGCCUGUUUCAAUGUCUGUGUGUUUUUCGAUCACUGUACAGCUUUAGCCAGAGUGUAUAGAAGAAACAAAGCAGAUGAAGUAUAUUUUAUCCCACUGAGAGUCAUGUAAAAACAAUUACUGGUCAUCAUACAAUAUCUAUUCACAUAGAAAGCUUUUUUUUCUUUUUUUUUUACAUUGUCAAUUCACUCCACAUUAUUUUGCUCUUGUUUCUUGGCCAGUGUUUAGCUUCCACGGUUGUUAAUUCUAAAUGCAGAUGGAGGAAAGGUAUAAUACUGUUGUUAGACAAAAAAGAAGGAAGAAAUCUGCUGAAAUCCAGUGAGUGGUAAUGUGACGAAGUAUCACUGAUCGUGAUCAGUGCAUACGGUGAACUGGAAGAGUAUCUUUGGAGUUUGUGUGGAGUCGGAUGUUUUGGCUAUGGACAUGUAAAGGUGCUCAUGGAAAUAUGACAUCAAAACAUCAUGAGCCUUGCAUACACAUAUACUGUUCUCCUCAUUCGCAAACCUCAUUUUUGCAUUCUAGGAAAGAAAAAAAAUAUUUACCGACUUAAUAAUACCUCACGUUUAGACAACAGCAACAAUGUAAAUUUAAAGGUACCAGAGGAAAUCCCAGGACUUAACAUCCAACCAACAUUUUUCACAGAUCCUGUAAUGCUAUUUGAGAAUAGCUUCAUUACCUUCCUUCCUCUGUGAGCUACAAUAACACCUGCCCAGCCCGACCCCGGUCUGUUUCAAACUGACACCUUUAUACUUGAAUCGUCAUCGUCGUCAUCGUCGUCAGUAACAACUAUAGCUGUCGGGUACAGGUGGGCAGGCAGGUGCUUCACAAGCUAUGACCAGGGUCAGGAAAGAAAACAACAUUGUGAAGAUAUAUAUAUAUUUUGUAUUAUUUCAGUAUUGAUGUUGUUGUAGCCCAAAUAAUUAAAUGCCGUCCCGUGUCCAUCUUUAACUUACUUACUCUGCAGUCUGUCUGUGUUCUCUUUUGACGUUUGCAUUUCAUCAGCUUGAAUACUUUCUUUGUUCUGUCGUCAGCUGUACACUUGCUUGUUCCCUUUGUCCACCUCUUGUCCUUCCUCUUAGCCUCCCGGUGUAUUCUACAGUCUUUGUAUCGUUGUCUUUGUCUUCCUCCUUUCCUUGUUCCAUUUGUCCACCUCUUUUUCUUAAUCUUAACUUCCCGGUGUAUUCAGUCUUUGUAGUAUUGUCCUUGUCUUCCUUCUCCCCCUCUUAAUUAUUCGAUGUCUCUGCUUAUUCUAGUUUUUUUUUUGUUAAAUAUCAUUUUACUUUUUCUUUAAAAAUAUAUAUAUGAAGUCCUUAAUUGUCCUGUCACGUGUGACCAUGUUGUAAAUAGAACAUUGUAAACAAAAUACUAAUGCUGAAUAAAAAUGACAUAUUUUGUUUGCAGA